CCUUCAAAAUGUGGAGAGUGUUUGCUUGUAUUGUCCUGCUGCCAGCCUUGACCUUGUCGCAAGGUCGUCGGGAGGAUUACCUGGGGUUUCUUCGUGCCGACGGACCCAAGAAUAUUCCGAGAUACAAUCAUCGACCCUGUGGCCCCCGAGUUUGCGGCAAAAGUGGGCUUUGUUAUCGGAGUUUCGAGAGCAUUUGCGAGCUAAACGAAUAUAAUUUAAAGAUGAUCUUCAGUGGCCAAGACGAAUUCGAUCGGACUAACCCCAUUUAUUGCCAAGAGCCACCACCACCGCCAAAGUUUAUAAAUGUAGGCUACUAUUAUAACACUAAUCACCGGAGCUUCUUGUUGGGCCAACCGCCACCGUCGCCUUAUUCGCCGCCCGUUCCUCAGCCUAGUAUUUCCCUUAACCCGGACUAUUAUAGACGUUACGACAUAGUUUCAACACCAGAUGAUUACAGUCCAGCUCUGGAUUAUGUACUGCCGUAUCCGGAAUGGUCUUUUAAGCGACCUCAAACACCGCCGACAAGGCCCCCAGUGAGUGUUAGGCCUCCUUAUUGGUACUAUCCGUCCAGGCGCCCCGAAUCAACAAAGCGGCCUUGUUAUGAGAAAACAACAACCAGCAAAAGGACCCCAACAAGAACAACAACAACUGAAUAUUCCACAAUCAGCACAACAACUGAACCAACUACAAAGACGAGGACAACAGUACCUUUAACAACUACAAGAAGCACUGAACCUUCUACAACAACAACCGCUGAACAAACAACGACAACCACUGAACAAACAACAACCACUAAUUCAACAAAAGAAACAACAAGCACAGAACCAACCACAGAUCCAAUAACAACUGAGGUGACAGAAUUAUCAACAGCUACAGAAACCACAGUACCAACAAUAAAAACUACUGAAUCGACCACAGCAGAAACCCCAGUAACAACAACAGCAGAAACGACCCCACAAACAACAACAACUGAAUCUACAACGGCAAGCACGACAGAAUCUACCACAACUUCAACUACUGAAGUUCCUACAACAACGACAACAGAUCUUCCCACGACAACAACCACUGAUGUUUUUACAACAACGACAUCAGAUCCUACCACAACAACAACCACUGAUGGAACUACAACAACGACAGCGGAUCCACCUACAACAACGACAAAUGAUCCUACCACAACAACAACCUCUGAGGUUUCUACCACAACAACAACCACUGAGGUUUCUACAACAACGACAAUAGAUCCUUCCACAACAACAUCCACCACAGAUCCUUCCACCACAGAUCCUCCCACAACAACCGAUGCCCCCACAACAACAACGACUGAAUCUUCCAAUAACGCCGGGGUUACCAAAUCGUCAACUAUUACGAUCAGAAAUGCUGACGGUCGUUUACAAGAACUCGAUUUGGCAGCCAUGGCAGACGCAAACUGUGAAGAGGUCACCAAUGUCCUGAUAACAACAGGAUCAAGAAUCGUUUUCCAGUUCACUGGCUGUAUUGUGGCAUAUACUUCCAAUAGUUCUACAACUGUAGCUACCACCACAACCUCGACAAGCACCACUGAAACCCCACAUGAAAUCCCCUACUACCAGUGGUUUGGCCAAUCAACGGGCCAUGAAUCCCAUUUCAUUUAUACCUAUUAA